AUGGCGCGACCGAACAAAAAGAAGACCGUUAGAAAAUCUCGUUCAAAAAAGGCUAAUUUAAAAUUUCCCGUUGCUCGUAUACAUCGUUAUUUGCGUAAGGGUCGUUAUGCAGAACGUAUAGAACAGGCCGGUUAUAUUGCAAACGAGCGUAGAGGCAGAAUAGAACCGCGAGAUAUAAAGUUUGCGAUUGCCUUAGAUGAAGAUCUAAAGAAGUUUUUACCAAACAUAACCAUACCGAAGAGUCAAAUGUUUUUGUACGUGGAACCGGCUUUACUUAAUAAGAAGUGAAUAUAUUUAUGUAGAUUUAAGGUGUUAUUAAUUUUGUUUUAUUAUUUUUUAAUAAAAUACCUAUUUAAGGUUUUUAAAG